AUAAUAUUGGGUGACAAACGGAAGCACAAACGGAAGUACAUGCUUUCGCGAAUCGCGAUGAUGAGGCACGCGGGCGGAUGCCAAGACUGACCUCCCGACCUCAUCCUUCUAGCCCAAAUUCCACCCUACCAUCAGUCCCAGUCAUCCAGGCUUCGUCCGACCCCUCUGUGUGGUAAGGAAGAGAGUUUCGUCGUAUCUUCUAUUUUUGUACCUUCAAGUCAGACGAAAACUCCGAUCGAACUACACCAGCCCCUCCCGUCCUCGAUCCAUUGCGCCCGCCCUCGCGCCGAUUCCUUAGCCCAUCUCUGUGGCCACCGAUAUGGAAGGCGCUCAGGGCCAGCCAGGCCAGCAGCCACCUCAGCAGCCCAUGGUGCAACCACAGCAGCACUCCAACUUGAUUCGGACCGACCAAGUACAGAAACUCCCGCACCUGAAUGAUCAGCAGAAGGCCCAGCACACACAGCUGGUGCGCAACCUAUGGGAAGCCCUCAACACCCGCGAUCCACAGAGCCAUGAAUACCAGACUGCGCAUGUGAAGCUGUCGCAGCUAUCACAGAACUUGAUGAAGGGCAUGCGGAUGUUCCAGCAGAACCGACAACAGGCGAUUCAGCAGCAUCAAGCAGCCGCUGCCGCGGCGCAACAGCAACAGGGCCAGCCCCAGCAGGGUCAGCCCGUUCAGCGUACUCAGUCCAACAACCCGCAAAACCUUACUCAGCUACUCCCCCAGAUCCAGGCAAAAGUCAGCGCACUGAACUUCUACCUCCCUCCGAACGUGACCCAGGAGCAGCUCCAAAACUGGAUCCCCGAGGCUCGGCUUCGAUAUGGCAUCGCACUUCAGAAGCAGGAGGUUGGGCGGGCUCGAAUUGCAGACUUGCGCCAGCAGUUUGCGCAGCGACAGGGUCAAGGCAAUAUGACUCAGGAUGAAAUGCAAGAGUUCAAGAAUCGACAGCUCGCGGCGGAAAAGCUUUUCCGGGAAGGUAGCGAAUUCUUGACUAAGUUCAAGGAGCAGCAAGAAAGCUUUAAGGCACAGGCCCAGCCUGGUCAGCAAAUGAGUCAACAGCAAGGACAGAUGGCCAGCGCACCUUCAACACAACAGCCUGGGAUUACCACAGGAGGAGCAGCGAAUGUGCCCGCGCCGCAAGCCGCACCUCCAAACCAGGCCGGUGUUGCGCCAAAUGCUAUGCCUGGCCAGGCUCCAACUCCAGCAGCCCACACUAUCAACUCGGCUGUCAAUGCGGCUCGUAACCAGGCAGGGCAAGCAAUGUCGCCGUCGACUUCGCAGCCAGGGCAAGUACCUCCCGCAUCCUCGGCAGGCGCGACCCCGGCGCCUUCCAAUGCGCAACCACCAAUGCAGCGACCUCAGCCACCAUCACAACAAGGAACGCCUGGCGCGCAUGUCAACUUUAGUCAAACACCCAACGCGGACGGAUCAACACCCACCCCGACUGGACCACCACAACCUAUGAGCCAAGGCCCUCCUCGGCCUCUCUCACAACAAGCGGCGAUGCAGCAAGCUGCCAACUACAACACCAACCAAGGUCAGCAGCAAAACCAGCAAGUGAAUCAAGCCGCAAACAACCAGCAGGCUCACCCCACCGGCUACCUUGCCAAUCGUUCAACAGACACUCCCAAUCGCAGCAUCAACAUGGUCAUCCCCAAGAAUCUGAACGUCUCUACCCCGGAGCCCGUCCCCAUGCCUGGCUCUCGCCCCACCUUUUCUGGUGGCCCCAGCCACAACCAGAUGGGUGUGAUGGGCCAGCCAGCCAUCCAGAAGCACCCAGGAUACGUGCUGGAAGGUGAAGGCCAGCACGUCCUCAGCAAGAAGAUGCUCGACAUCCUCGUUCGCCAGGUCACCGGCGGCGGCGAGGGCGAGAUGCUGUCCCCUGACGCAGAAGAGUUCAUGCUCCAAAUGGCCGAUGACUUUGUCGAUGACGUGGUCACCCAAGCCUGCCGCCUGGCCAAGCUGCGUCCCUCCUCGACCCUCGAGCUUCGCGACAUCCAGCUCGUUCUGGAGCGCAACUACAACAUGCGCAUCUCUGGAUUCGCAACCGACGACCUCCGCACCGUCAAGAAGCCCCAGCCCACUCAGGGCUGGCUGCAGAAGAUGUCCGCCAUCCAGGCCGCCAAGGUCACCCAGGGUCGGUCUGAGUGAGUGCAUGCUCCCAACCACGAUAACAGUCACACCGAAGAUUUAAACAAUGUUGCCACUUCCUUUCCCCCUCCUGCUUCUCUCAAACCCGCCCGCCUUCCUUUUUCCUAUCUUCGUUUUGCUGGUCAACAUUGUUUACGGGUGGUUGCGUGCGAAUCAUCUCCAUUUCCAUUCUCGAGAAGUCCAAGGCGUUCACAUCAGGCAGACUAGGUUUGGGUCGUCGUAUCACACGGUUUUCCUCUUUCUUCGCUUCCUUCCAAAUGGGUUUCUCGGUUCUUGCUCGGUUCGACUACGGUGAACUUUUGAGAUACCUUUUUUGCUUUGUGUUUGAUGGGGCGGAAGGAGCGAAUGGCGUUGUUUUGUCCUUUUUCACUUUGUUUUUCUAGGAUGGGUUUCAAAAUCUGAGAAUCUAGGGAAUGGAGAUACAUAGUAAUAACAUGGUCUCUAUGUGGUAAAGUAACUUUGAUCAAUUCACAAUACAUGAAUCGUAAGC